AUGGAGAUGGCGUGGGAUCUAGAAAACAAUUUAACAAUGUCCAUUAUCAAGUUAGUGAUUGGACUAUUGGCCAUGAGUGGAAAUAUGCUAAUUUUACUCAUCUUUAUCAAGUUUCCAAUGUUUAGAAAAGUACAAAGCAACGUGCUUAUAUCACUUUUGGCUGCUAGCAGUCUUGUUGUUGGUGAGUUUAUAUUGUGAAGAGUACGGUAAUGUGGGGUUAGGUAACGUGGCGAGCGAAAAACUUUGGGUAGGUUUAAAAUAGACGGUAAUAUAAAGUAAAAGGUUCAGUUAAAAAUUCUGUAAAAGCAAAUAGAGUACUGUAAGGCAGGGUUUUAGUUUCGUUCAAAACAUGGGUAGAGCUAGGGCAAUGUAACACUUGGAUUGGGUAAGGCAAAAAUCGGACAGGGCUAGUAGAAGGCUAAUUUACUAGAGCUAACACAGCGUUUGGGCUUUAUCCUAGGGCUCUGGGCUAGCGUCUACGCUAGGGAUCUGGGUAGUAAAGUUUUAGUAAACCAAGUAUAAGACUGCAUUCAACCGUUAUAUUGGCCUUAAUAUGUACAAUCUAAAACGAAUUUCCAGGGUUUGGAAUAGUGAUCCGAGCCAUCCACACCAUCUUCUUCUACAACCCACUACAAUGUAAUCGGUCUGUCUGUCUUCUAAUAGGCCAACCUCAAGUUAUUGGCCUAAUUUAUGGCCAAAUCCUUCUACUCGCACUAGCUCUGGACAGAUAUUCAGCUGUACGAUGGCCUUGCAAUUACCUACAGAUUGAUAUAAAGUUGAGAGUAAUAGUUAUCUUGGUAUUCUGCACAUUACUCAGUAUCUUCUUCAUCGCUCUAGCUAUCCAUGGGUUGAGUGAUGAACCAUGUUCUCAAUGUACAAUUGGUGCCACGACAACACACUUGUACCAUGCGAUUUGGCUUGGCAUUGGGGCUUUUAACGCUGUGUUGGUUAUUGGUAGGUUUAGUGGAUAAUAUUUUAAAGAAUAAUUUUAAAAUAUUGUAAUAUCUAUGUUAAUAUAGCUCAAUAGUGCCAAAAUAUCUACAAAAAUGGUAUUAAAUCAAGACAGAAUAUUUACGUUUACAAAGGGCAAUAAUACCGAAAGUUACAGGGGACAUUUCAGCUUACGCUUUUGAGUUUUUAAAAUUAAAUAUUUGAAUUUUUCGCCAAUUUGUAAAAUUUGGCAUUGUGUUUCAACCUUUGUUUUCUGACGUUCUAGACAAACUACGCUUACAAAUUUAAAAAAGCGGGUCGAUUUAAAAGUUUUCUACUAGUAAAUCAAAGAAAACUGAUUAAAAGCCAAAAAAUGACAGUUAUAAGCUUGAAACACAAUGCCAAUUCGGUGAGAAAUUUAAAAUGUAAUUUUUGAUCUCAGUUUUCUCGAAUUUGACUGGAAAAUGCGAUUUAGUUGAAGAUCUUAUCUUUACAUUACCUUUCUAUAUUAAAAGUUUGAAGUCAAUAAAAGCGGUGCAGGUCAGGACUUUCCUUGUAAAUCACAUCAAAUACCUAAAAAAUGUAAGAAUAAUGUAAAAAACAACUUUAAUGGAAAAAACAGCAAAACUCUUACAAGAAUAGUCUUGCAGAGAAGCAUUGACGCUUUUUGGUUAACCCUUCCACUUCUUCAGCGGGUCAGUCGGCUCCGCGACGUUUGCCCCUGAUGGGGGAUUGGGACUAUCUGCCCUGGGUCUGCUGGCCAUACGCUUUCUCAGCGUUCUUCGAACUGGCGGCCGUUUGCCGCAUUGCGUCGGCGCACAACCCCUGGACUAUCCAGGGGGGCACUGAUCAAUCGUUCUUUUUGAUUCAAACGGGGAAGAAAUAAAGAAAAAAGUAAAAAUAAAUAUUUUGGGGAUUUGUGAGGUUUCUUUAUUGGUUUUUACUGAAGAUUUGACUGAAAAACAAGUUUAUAUUAUUUUCGAUUCUUUAAAUUGGUAGAACAUUAUAUUUUCUUUAGCUUUUAAGGUUUUUUGUGGAUUUACUAUCAAUAUCAAGCUAUAUUUGGGCUUUACUAUUAAUUUUUAAUCUAAAUUUACACAAGAAACAAGUUUAUAUUACUUUAGGUUUCUAAAAAAAUAUGUUCCCUAAGGUAUUCAAGGUUUCUAUUGCAAUAACGGUUGAUUUAUAGGGAAGAUCAAGCUUUAUUUUAUGGUUUUGAUUGAUUUACAAGGAAGAUCGAGCUUUAUUUUAGGUUUUUUAUUAAUUUUAAGCUUAUAUUUACACAGAAAACAAAUUUAUGUUGUUCUGGAUAGGUAAAAAAUAUAUUUUCUUUUAAGAUUUUAAGGUUUAUAUUGAUUUAGAAGGAAGAUCAGGCUAUGUUUUAGGUUUUUGAUUGAUUUUUAGCCUACAUUUGGCUAAUAAAUCAGUUUAUAUUAUUUUAGGUAAAUAAAAAAUUUUGUUUUUUAAUCUGUUUUUUAUUCUUUUAUAAAUUUAAAUCAAAAUUGUGUCAAAAAGAGUUUUAUAUUGUUUUAGACAGAUAUACAUGUAGAUAAUACUUUUAAAAAUUAAAUUUAUGACAUUUUAUAAUGUGAUAUUGACUAUAAACUUAAUAAUUUUAUAAUUUACAGGUCUGUACCUAAAAGCGGUCAAGCUGUUGCACAUCCAAUUGAAUUCGAAGUGCACAAAACACUUCCAUACCAUCCGAGUACAUCAACAUGCAUUUAUAUCGAUCUCUUUGGUGGUACUGUGCUAUGCCAUUUUCUGGUGCAUUCCUGUGUUUGGAAGCAUAUUGGCUUAUGUAAGUUAAUGUUAUACAUGGACUGGGUAUGGCAGUGUAGGGUAGAUAAAAAAGGGUAGGGUAGAGUAGAGUAGGGUAGGGUAGGGUAGGGUAGGGUAGGGUAGGGUAGGGUAGGGUAGGGUAGGGUAGGGUAGGGUAGAGUAGAGUAGGGUAGGGUAGGGUAGGGUAGGGUAGGGUAGGGUAGGGUAGGGUAGGGUAGGGUAGGGUAGGGUAGGGUAGGGUAGGGUAGGGUAGGGUAGGGUAGGGUAGGGUAGGGUAGGGUAGGGUAGGGUAGGAUAGGGUAGAGUAGAGUAGGGUAGGGUAGGGUGGGGUAGGAUAGGGCAGGGUAUUCUUGAGUAACUUAUACUUAAUGUAAAAUUCUUUACAGAUAAGCAACGCAAAUGACACAAUUCGUGGUUACAUGUCAAUUACCUUUGGCCUAGGAGAAGGUCUAAAUUCUUCACUUACUGUAGUGAUCUACCUCGUCAAACAUCGUGAAGUACGGCAAUGUGUAAAGAAGUUGCUGAACAUUCACGACAAAGUCAAUAUGAAUAUUGAGACUGUCAAUCGGAAGAGUCAACUGUCAACUCAUUAA